AUGCCGACCAGUGCAACCAGCUCGGCAGCCCCAUAAUCUUCAUUGCCUCCUUCAGCUGCUUCUCCUUCUCGACCGUGAUGUACUUGACGGUGUUAAUGGCGGUGUAGAAGAAUGCGAUGACUACGAUGAGUGGGAGCAGAUUCUCGAACCCGGUCAGCAGUGGAUCACUGUAGUAAGGCGGAUAGGGGAAACGCUGUCGGGAGAUAGCAGGUAUAUGUCCGGUAGUGCGAAGUAAGGGUCACGCUCUAAAAUGAUCGCCCGCGAGACAGCGCUCUGUACCGCGAUGAAUGAUUCAUUGUAGUAGUUCGCCGGGUAUCCGGCAUCGUCUCGCUCCCGCUCACGAGCACCUGCGAUCUGGAACGCGGGAAACAUCAGUUCCGUUGCCCAGUUCGCCCAGAACGCGGUGAAGUCAUCCUGCAGGGUUCGCAUCUCGCCCGGGAAGCGCAGUGAAACAGUUACAUUAUCCGGCAGUGUAUCGAUGGUCCGGAAGCUUUCUGGAAACUCUACACCUGCUAGAGAAUAGUUUAGCCGGAAGAAGUCCUCCAUACGCUGACCGUUAUCGAAGCCGGCUAUAUCGAUCGGUUCCAGGAUCUGAUCGACGGCCCUUCUCAUGAUCCUCUCGGUCAGCGGUGUUUGGGGGCUGUACGCUAGCAUGAACGUUAUCGGCGGCGUUAUAUUGGGAUUCAAUUCUGGCCUACGAACGCGAAACGGGCGGUUUCCACGUGGUCGGUUCAUCGUACACAUCCGCAUCGACGAGACCACGGACCACUAUCAGCACAACGCAGGCAAUGGCAGGGAUCAGAAUUUCAAACAGCGUCUGCACAUAGUGACGCUUCUGGAUGAUCCAGUUCUUCCAAAGCAGCAGGAUAAACUUAUCCCAGCUCGAGGUGGCCAUUGUCACCUUUUAUCUGCAAGCACACAACAGAGCGAGAUGGAACUUCAGCGCAAAUGCGUAAUGCUGACAGGGCGCUUUCCCGGUUCCCGUCCUCAACAAGUCAUUGUACGGACUAAACAUGGGCUGCAAUUUAUCCGCUUUAUCGCAGCAGCUUAUCAGCGCCCGUGCGGUAUCCUCGCUCGAUAUUCUUCAUCAUCAGCAAUGAGUUCAGCGAACGAUUCAACUACUAUGGCAUGCGAACGGUUCUGGCACUCUACCUUACGCAAAAGCUCGCCUACAGCAAGGACACUGCCACCGUGAUCUACCACAUCUUUACCAGCCUGGCGUACUUUUUCCCCCUGAUGGGAGCCAUCCUGGCGGACAGUUGGUUGGGAAAGUUCAAGACCAUCUUCUAUCUCUCGAUCGUAUACUGUGCCGGUAGUACGCUGAUUGCUCUCGGUGCGAUUCCACCGUUGAAUCUGCCUGCCACAUCGAUGACCAUGUUGGGGCUGCUGUUUAUAGCGGUCGGUUCCGGCGGUAUCAAACCGUGCGUGUCUGCGUUCGGAGGCGAUCAGUUUAAGCUGCCGGAACAGGCGGCUCAGCUGGCCAAAUUCUUUUCGCUGUUCUAUUUUGCCAUCAAUGCGGGUUCCCUCAUUUCCACCACGCUGACACCGAUCCUGCGCGAAGAUGUGCACUGCUUCGGGGAAAACAACUGCUUCCCGCUCGCAUUCGGCGUCCCCGCCGUACUGAUGAUCCUGUCGAUCGUGAUCUUCGUGUGUGGCCGGACGUUGUACACGAUCAAGAAACCUGCCGGCAAUAUGAUCGUGCUGGUGUUCAAGUGUAUCGGCAAUGCGCUGUCGGUACGGUCGAAGGAACGCGUGACCAACCCGCGGGAACACUGGCUCGAGUAUGCCGAGUCCAAGUACGGCAAAGGGAUUGUGGCGGACAUCAAGGCGUUGCUGAAAAUUCUCAUCCUCUACGUACCGCUGCCCGUGUUUUGGGCACUGUUCGACCAGCAGGGAUCUCGCUGGACGUUCCAGGCGACGCGGAUGGACGGUGAAGUUGCCGGAUACACGAUCAAACCGGACCAGAUGCAGGUGAUCAAUCCGCUCCUGAUUCUGGCCUUCAUACCCGUGUUUGAAAGUGUCGUCUAUCCGAUGCUGGCCAAGAUCGGCAUUCGGCGUCCGUUGCAGAAGCUUUCGUUCGGUGGACUGCUUGCCGGCGCUGCCUUCGUACUGUCCGGCUUCGUGGAGAUUGCGCUCGAUCGGACGAACGCGGUCCUGCCGGCCGGGCACGAGUCGCAGCUGCGCAUCUUCAACGGGCUACCGUGCGACUACCGCUUCCACACCGACAUACCCAACCUGAGCGGCUUCAGCGUACCAUCGCGGGGAGCAUUCGAGGCGCUGCACAUCGACGUACCGGACGGCAACACCACGUUCCAGUUCCGGGCGGAGACGAGUGAAAUCGGGUGCGUGCGGGAAAACAUGACCGAGUUCAGCGGUACCUUCUAUCUAAAUCCGGGCAACGCGGUCAGCUACUUCAUCAGCCGGAAGGGUGGCAAGAGCAGUCUGGUCGAGUACGCCGACACGGCGGAGAAGGACCGUAACGGGCUGCCCCGGAUGCGGCUGCUGGCGAACGUGCAAACCACCAAGCACAUCUCGCUGCGGCACGGCGGCAACACCGCCAUCGUGUACAACAUUUCGCUCAACCGGUACGACCAGAUGGCCGUCACGGAGGGCGAGUACGGUGUGUACGUGGGCGAGCGGCAGAUUGCCACCGUCAAGCUGAGCCCGGGCGGAGUGUACACGCUAAUCUUGGAUGAGUUUCUGGAGAACGAAUUCAACCUUCAAACACACAUCAUCACUCCGUCCAACUCGGUGCACAUGCUGUGGCUGGUACCGCAGUACGUCGUCAUUACCGCCGGCGAGGUAAUGUUUUCCAUCACCGGGCUCGAGUUUUCCUACUCGCAAGCACCCGAAAGCAUGAAAUCGGUCAUCCAGGCGUUCUGGUUGCUUACGGUCGCGAUCGGCAACAUGCUGGUGGUGUUUAUCGCCGAAGCCAAAUUUGUACAGUCCCAAUCGCUCGAGUUUUUCCUCUUUGCCGCGCUUAUGUUUCUCGACAUGGGGCUGUUCAUGCUGCUGGCCAUAAGGUAUCGUUACGCGGACACCGGUGCGUCGCUCGAUUCGAUCGAGGCGGAAACGAACGGCAAGAAGCGGAACGAUGCGCUAGCGAUUAGCGAUACGCUGUCGGAGCGAAGCGCCAAAAGCACAACCUACGCCAACGAAGCGUUCCGGGAAGACUGAAGGCAGCCGGAAGGAAUUGUCCGGACUGUGGUUCCUCACAAAUGGUUUAUGCAAGCGUUUCCAGUGUGUCUACGUUAGCGUAGAACGUACCGACACGUGGAAUGGAGGCGCGAUGUAGUCGAACUGAAGGGAGUAUUCAUUGUUUCGUCGUUUAAAGACGUCCUAAUUUAAGUUAAUAUUUUUUUCUUGUCUGUAAUAAAUCGAUAUUGUUUAAACGUA